CCUGAAGGCAGCAGCUGGCCUACAGACCGACCCUCCCCUCUACCCGGGGCUCACCUGUUUUCAGUGGGCGACCGUCGGUGCUCAGAGUGCCGCUCUGGCGGACGCCGAAUCUCGCUGUGAUUCUUUUGCCGACCCGAGCAUGGAAGAGUUAGCUAGGGAGAGCAUCAGCCUGCUGGCCUCAACCUCUGACAAGCCACCGCUGGACGUGGGGCACCGGCUGGGCUCCAUGGGAGCCGUCUUCAUCAUGCUGAAGUCCGCUUUGGGCGCCGGGCUGCUGAACUUCCCCUGGGCGUUCUCUAGAGCCGGGGGCGUUCGGAGCGCGGUCACCGUGGAGCUGAUCUCGCUCGUGUUCCUGAUCAGUGGCCUGAUCAUUCUGGGCUAUGCCUCCUCCAUCAGUCGUCAGCACACCUACCAGGCGGUGGUGAAGAAGCUGUGCGGCACGGCCAUUGGUCAGCUGUGUGAGAUCUGCUUCAUCUUCAACCUUUUCAUGAUCUCUGUGGCCUUUCUGGUCGUAGUGAAUGACCAGCUGGAAAAGUUGUGCAACACUCUGUAUGAGCUGGCGACUGCUCUGCCAAAAUCUGAGAUGCCCUAUCACUUUUACACUGACCACCGAUUUGCCCUGGUUCUGCUCUGCUUCUUCCUCAUCAUGCCAAUGUCCAUCCCCAAGGAGAUCACCAUCCAAAAAUACACCAGUGUUCUGGGUACUCUAGCUGCAACCUACCUGACUGUAUCCAUAAUCAUAAAGUACUUCACCAUGCCGACUGCUCCAGAUCACAGAAGCCCUCUCUACUCCAGUGGGACUGGCGCCUGGGGAUCGAUGUUCAGCGUGAUCCCAACCAUCUGCUUUGGUUUCCAGUGCCAUGAGGCUUCCAUCGCCAUCUACAGCAGCAUGGAGAACCAGCGGCUUUCUCACUGGGCCUUCGUCUCUGUGGUCGCGAUGAUUGUCUGCCUCGUUAUUUACUCCCUCACAGGGGUUUACGGGUACCUGACAUUUGGAAAGACUGUGGCUCCAGAUAUUUUAAUGUCGUACUCCAACCAUGACAAACUCAUGCUCGUUGCCAGACUGCUGUUUGGAGUCUCCAUCAUCACCAUCUAUCCCAUCAUCGUGUUGCUGGGCAGAUCGGUGAUUCAGGACCCUCUGCUGAGCCGGUGGCGGAGACGGGGCGAGGCGCUGAUGGUGAAGUUAGAAUGUCGCAGCCGAUGGGUGCUGACGGUUCUGUGGAUAAUGAUGACGCUACUCAUUGCUCUGUUUGUACCAGACAUCAGUAAAGUUAUCGGUGUCAUUGGAGGAAUCAGUGCCUUUUUCAUCUUUAUAUUCCCAGGACUCUGUUUGAUGUUUGCCAUGCAAUCUGAGCCAGUAUCCUGCAAGACCAGAAUCACCCUUACCAUUUGGGGAGCAGUGACCCUGAUCUGUGGAGCCUUUAUUUUUGGUCAGAGCACAACCAUCGCUGUCAUGGAGCUCCUUGGAAAGAUCUGACCUCUCAGGGAACCUUCUGUUAAUAAGUCUGAACUGUUUUGCUCCUCCUGAGAUCAGUUAUGGCUCUUGAUUGACGGACAACAGAACCUGAAUACUGAGGACACACACACAACUUGUACAGCUUUCAGCUCAAUGCUUUCAAUGCACUGGGACACAGCCAGUAAAACGGUACUGUUGAAGAUUUUUUUUUUAAUGUGAAUUUAUUGAUUAUAGCUGCACUGUGACAAAAAAAACAACUAAAAAAUC